GAACAUGUCGCCGGGACAGCCGGGAACUUCUAGAUCUGACAUGGAUCACAGCCUGGUUGUCCAAACGCACAGUACCGAUUCUCCUCAGUUGGCGAGGAGCGACGGACAGGAAGUGAGCAUGAACAUGCAGUACCUUGAGGAGCUGAGGAAGAUGGAGGUGUCCCUUUGGUCAGCGGAGUCUCUGGCACCAUACGUGCCCUCGUCGGAGUUAAUGAUCCGUCAGGGCCUGAUGUCCCUCCACAGGCAGACGCUGAGCCCUGUGGUGGAGGUCCCCCUGGCAGAGGAGGGCCCAGUGGUGCAGGAAGUCCCUGUCACUCUGCAAGUCCCUGGCGCGCAAGAGGUCCUUACUCCGGAGGAAGGGUUUCCCAAGGCGGUGCAGGGCCCUGUGGUGGAGGAAGUACUUACAGCAGAGGUCCCUAUGAACGAGGUGGUUCCCACGGCGGAGGUAAUCCCCAUGAUGGAGGAGCCGCUGUCUGCUAUAUACAGUCCUAACAUGGACGCUCUCACGUCACCAGAGAGCAGUAAGAGGGGUGCAGCGAGCGAUCUGGAUCACCAGGACACCUUUGAGGUGUUGCCCACGUACCUUCCCUCAGCCAGCUGGCUGGCCGACUUGGGCAAUGUGUACUACUACAGCAAGCUGCCUCGUAGUGUCGAAGAGCAGCCACAAAUCCUCCGAAUCAGCCCACUGAAGCCGCUGAGCCCCAAGGUGAACACUAACCUACAACAGGAGCCAAAAGAUCCUUGUGCCACAUUGACAACAGCACUAGGGAUAAAGGGAGAGGGAUGCAGCCUGAGGCAGAAGGUGGACAGGAAAAGUUACUCUGACCACGAGUGCUCCGCUAACCGAACGGUCAAUCAAAAUACACUGACCCCUGGUGGCCAGAAAAGGAACCGCAUCUGUGCCCGAUGUUUGACGACUACAAAGUGCAGAGCGAAGAAAAGGACGGACAGUCCAGGGUCGGACGUUCCCGUAGUUAAACGGCAAGGGGUUCUCAUCCCACCUUGGGAGGAGUCUGUCCUAGCCCAGACUUGUGCUGCCUGCAAAUCCCUCCCCCGGAGACAAGUAAUGAGGAAACGUUCCAGGUCAGAUGCUCCAGGGGGAUACAACGAAGAGACAAGUGAUGGCGAGACAUCUGAAAACAGUUAUUUUUGGGCAAGGCCAGGGGCGCCUAAACUGAGGGGCUCCAAAGACCUCAAGAGGCCCCUGGACUCGAGGUCUCAAUCCUCUAUGAAGAGCCAUUCUGAGGCACUCUGGUUGGUAGUCUGUUCAGCCUCGUCAUGAUGGCCCAUGUACCCU